GCGUCAACCAAACAUCUCCUCGUCCCUAUCAAUUGACGACAUUACAACAACACAUCCAAGAUGCGCUUCUCUAAAGUUCUCGGUGCUACAGCGCUCUUCCAUGUCACAUUGUCCGUAGCGGUACUGAACCAGGGACAUUAUUACAACCACGCAGCCCUAAGCAGACGUGUCGACCCCGUUAUCCCCAAAGGUGGUAACCCUAACGGUGGCGGAAAAGGGGGAGACCCGAACAGUGGAAAUCCCAACUCUGGAAAGCCAGCCGGUGCAAAUCCACACGAUGGAAAUCCCAACUCUGGAAACGGUCCUGGUUCACCAAAUUCACAAGACAGCGGACAUUCUCACUCAUCGGCGGCAAGCGAACACGUGACAGAGGUUAUUCAAUCAGCUCAGGCUGAUGAGGAUACGGGAAUGAACCUCGUACUGACUGACGAGGAAUACAAGACAAGAGGGGCAAUUGCCCUACAGAAGAACAAGGACGCUAUCAACGCAAAACCAAGGGUAGACAAGACGUACAGCGCAUUACAAAAUUCUUACAUCGUGGACUUUGACCCACUCGCGCAGCCAGACUUCUUGCAAGACAUAGAAACUAUCAUGAGCCACCCUGAAAUCCGGCUGGAUCCAACAGUUGGCUGGACUUAUGUGGAUGCCCGUUCGGAAGGCCAGAAUGAUCGUACAAAGCCUACCUUCGUCGGGUUUGUCGGUAAUGACCAGAAAAACAUCAUAGCAACGUCCAGUAUAAGAAAAUUCGACACGAACACCGGUACUAACAAGCUUCCAAACUCCGAGAUUAUGUACCAGUCGCUGUUGUCGAAGGGCAACAAGCCCUCAAACCUGGAAAACGUCAUCCGAACGCCAAUCGCGAACAAAGGAUCUCUGCAAAUGAUGACAAGAUCAGUCCAGGCUAAAUUUGGGGCCAACUCAGGAUUAAAACAGCCAUACUCUUUCACGUCGGCCGAUAAGAACUUCGAUGACCUGGUUGGUGAUUACUGGACAGCAAUGAACGGUCUCGGCAACCCUAGGCCUGUAUCUUUUAUGGCCGCCGACCAUUCCGUGGCUCUGAACGGGUUGAAAAUCACCGAAAUUAUUAUAUGGCCACAGCUUCCGUCGUCAUCUGUGUUUGGCGCUAUGAUCGUUAGAAUGGAUCGUUAA